GACGGAGGAGGGCGAGGGCAGAGCCUCCGCCAAUCAGCGCUCGGAAAGAGGGGGCCCUCCGCCUACGUCACGCGCGGCCGGGGCGCGCGGGCCCCCCACCUCGAGCAAGGAAAGGCGUCGGACGGGUCUGCGGGCCAAUGAGACUCUCUAAGGAUGAAUGGUUCCAAUGUGGCCAACACAACCCCCCCGGCGGCCCCCCCGGCAAAAUCCAAGGAGGACCAAGUCGUGAAUGGCCACGAUGAGAAGGAGAGCAACCCCUUUGCGGAAUACAUGUGGAUGGAGAACGAGGAGGACUUCAACCGACAGGUGGAGGAGGAGCUUCAGGAGCAGGAGUUCCUGGACCGUUGCUUCCAGGAGAUGCUGGACGAAGAAGACCAGGACUGGUUCAUUCCAUCCCGCGACCUGCCUCAAGGCAUCGGGCAGCUCCAGCAGCAGCUGAACGGACUCUCGGUCAGCGAGAACACCCACAGCCACAUCGCGGAGGACAUUUUGAGCAAAAGCACCUUAAACCCGGACGCCAAGGAGUUUGUUCCUGGAGUGAAGUACUGAGUCCUCCGGCCCCCUUCCGAAAGACUUUUCUUCUGCCCUGGGUGGGUGUGGGGAUGGGGUGGGGGGAGCGGGGCCCAUCGGCACUGGUGGGAAAAAGACUCUUUGCCGGCCAACCGGAUGCCUCCUAAGCUACUUUCAUCCCUCUUGUCGUCUUGCUGCGUUGGGACAUUUGGCAACCAAGUGGAGAGAGAAGCCGCACUCGCUGUGGGACAGCACCAAAGGGCACCUCCGGACGGGGGUCCCCGCCCUCCCCCCGUCUGCUUUCUGUUAAAACAGUCUCCAGCCUAGCCUGACCACCAGCAGCGUUUUCUGCCCGUCCCCGUGGCCCCUCCCCUCGGUUUUAGCUGCUCCUUCAGGUGGGAUUUGGGGCCUUGGUCGUGGGGUAGGCGAAGGUGCCCCCCCUCCUUGGUGGACGUUUGCAAGCACAGCGGGCACGGAGGCUUCGGCCGCCGGGCGUUUCUGCUUCUCCAGCUUUAGGGGCAGCCCCUUCCUCUGAUUGGCUUUUGGCCAGGGAGGUUGGGUGGGGGGCUUCGAUGGGAACUGGGGCCAGCCCCUUGUGGAGGUGGUGGGGUGUUUCGGGACAGGAAGGCUGGGCGCCUGUGGGCUCUGGUGGAUGUUCCCUCCGUCUGGUGGCCGACCGCUGGGGGUUCUCCUUUGGAGGGGAAGAGGGAGGAGGUGGUGGGUUUUUCGAGGAGCUGAUACGUUAAGGGCUGCUGGGCGUUGGGUGUAGCCCCUGCUGCCAUUUUCUAUCCUUAAUGUGUCUUCUAAAAUUCCCUCUUCUGGUCAGAGCAAGUCCUAAAACAAGCGUGCCCAAUCUUGGCCAUUUUAAGACCUGUGGAUUUCAACUCCCAGAAUUCCCCAGCCUGCAUACUCUGGCUGGGGAAUUCUGGGCAUUGAAGUCCCCAAGUCUUAAAUGUUGCCCCUGAUCAUCUGAACAGCCACCCACUCCAACCCAAGGACCUCUUCGUAGGAGAUCACCUCCUGGUCAGGAUGGCGGGCGAGGCCUCCUCUUCCUCCUUUGCUUAAUACCAUGGCUCCCCUUCCGAAGUUGAGGUGGGGAGCUGUGACCCUUUUAUAACUUAUGGACUUCAACUCCCAGAAUUCCUGAGACUCAGGAAUUCUGGGAUUUGAAGUCCACAAGUGCUAACAGGGCUUUUAGUUCCCAUCUCUGCCCUAAAUCUUGGCUGAAGCCACCCUCACUCGGUCCGCUUCCUUCCCGACAGCUCAUCCUUCCCUACCACCAUGGCCCCUGGCAUGAUGGGGCUUGUAGUUCAGCUCCUGCAGAAAAUCCUGGCAGGGGACAGGAAACCCUGGGCUCCUUUCCUGCAGUGCGUGUGCCAUCGGGUUUAGCUUGGUGCUGCUCCCCCCCCCCCCGCUCUUCCUUUCAUCCAUCUCCUCCUUUUCCUUCCUUCCUUCCUGGACGUGGCUGCUUGCAAGCGGAGCUGGGCCAACAUCAGGGUCUCCUUCCCCAACCCUUUCAAGGCAAAGUUGACAUAGGAAGCCCCAGGCAAACAGGAGCAAAGAAAAGAAAAAAGGGCUCUAAAUUCUUCCCACCCCCCCAAGAUUUGUUUUGGGGGAAGAACAGGAAUAGCUCUGGAUUCUGGCUUUUAGGCUUUGCGUGGGGCAGAGGGGCUUAUAUAUUUCUCCUCCUCCUCGGCUGGUUUGAUGAAAAGUGAGGGGCAGGAUUGUGCAAGCCCCACCCCCCCUUUCCCUCUCCCGAGCUCCGAUUUCCUCCCAAGGAAGCCUUUGCAACAAUGCGCUGCCCAUUUUUACAAGAAUGCAUUCUUCAAUAAAUCGAUUUUGAACUGGG